AUGCAGCAGCAGCAGCAGCAGCAGAAGGCCAGGCGCCCCGGUCCUCCCUCCCGUUUGUGGUGUAAACUGGGGGCUGCCACCACGGAGAGGCCACAGGAACCCCCCUUGGGCCCUCCCUGUCCCUUUGACGGGGCCUUUUGGACUCGAAGACCCCCCCAGGCCCCCCAACAGGGCUGCUUUGCUUGCAUCUCCAAGACCCCUCCUGCCCAGCCAGGAUCGCCCAUCCUGUCCCCUUCCUCCGCCGUUUGCCUCAUGGAGAACAAGAGCUGCAAAGGGGACAGCCUGCGGCCACCCGUCCAGUGUAAGCACUCUGUAGAGAAGAAGACCAUGACUAACCCCACCACGGUGAUUGAAAUCUACCCGGACACCACCGAGGUGAACGAUUACUAUCUCUGGUCCAUCUUCAACUUUGUAUACCUCAAUUUCUGCUGUCUGGGUUUCAUUGCCUUGGCGUAUUCUCUGAAAGUUCGUGACAAAAAACUCCUCAAUGACCUGAAUGGUGCUGUUGAAGAUGCCAAGACAGCCCGUCUUUUUAACAUUACCAGCUCGGCACUAGCCACCUUCUGCAUCAUCCUGGUCUUCAUCUUCCUACGAUACCCACUUACUGACUACUAGAUGGUGGGCCAGAGAUUGCCACCUAUCUCCCUCCGUGCCAGAAGCUGCCAUUGAGUUUCAAAUGGAAGGGGCACCAACAAAACCAAGCCACCCACCCAAUUUCUUCCUUAAUGGCAAAAAGAAGCCACUCACUUCCCAAAAAUGAAAAGAGGCAAUUGGGACUAAACUCCUCUGUUCCCCCAUAGGCACAUUUCCUCAUAGGCUGACUGGUUCACAAACUUCUGUAGCAGAGAGUUUUACUUUUACAUUUUUUAAACAAAGUAUUUAUUUUCAUGAUAAAGAAACUGGACUUGAUGGUGAGAGGGAAACUCAACAGAGCUUGGUCAAUGAAAUGCAGUCAAAAAAGGGAGAGAAGACGGCGGUCACCAGUGAAGCUGGGAUGAAGUUUAUGCAACCAUCCUGAGUGCUGAAGCUGAGUGGGUGGGGCAAAAGGUUCUGGUUGGCCCAGUUGAUCUGGAAACAUCUCUGGGAUCCAUAGCAAAGUCACAGUCUCAGAGCUCAAGAGAGGGAAUAGGGAAAACUGCUUGCUACUAAGAGAUAGGCAUGGCCUUUGCAGAACAUAUCAGUUGCAUUCAAUCUGCUUCCAACUUCUUUCCCUACUCCUCUCCCCACUCUGCGUCCCCAUUACACAGACCUUUGCUGUAUACAUUUUACCUGUUUUCAGAUGGAUUUGUCCAAAGCCCAAAAUAGCUUGCAAAAAUGGUUUUAAAGACCAGGAGAUUUGGAUUUCUAGGCAGUUGAAACUAGCCUCUCCUUGAUGAAUUCUGGAUCUUUCUAUGGUAAAUGCCAGGAAACAUAUUAUUAAUGGUCCUUUUUGGAGCCUCAUGGAAACACUGAGAAUGUAGACAGCUUACAGAAAAAAAAUUACAUAGAUCCUGUAUUUCUGUCAACUUUCAAUAAAAAUACCUCUAACCAUCA